AUGCAUGCGGCAGGGAGAGAUAGCCAUCACCUCCGAGGUGGCCCGCCUGUUCACCGCCCCGAGGCGAUAGAGGGGGUAGUUUUGCGAGAGCGCCGAAACUGGCGCAUAUUCUCAGCUUUCGCGAGGCAAGAGUAUCCGGAGUGCCUUCAAAUCAUCGAGGAGCAGCUGCGUGCUUGCAAUGGGCUGGCUGAAUAUGCGAUUCACGUGAAGGGCCAGAUUGUGCGAGCCCAGGGUCAAAUACAGGAGUCUCUGGUGCUAUUUCAGGCGGCCACGUGUCUCAACCCGCAGAAUCCGUCGAACCUGAAAGAAGUGGGUCGAUGUCUCUUUCUCUUGGGCAAGCACAAGGCCGCACUCGAUGUCUAUGGCGAGGCACAACAGAUUGAUUCAGAGGAUUGGGAGGUGUGGCACAGCCGGGGACUGUGCUACAUGCACCUCAAGCAGUUUGAGCGGGCGCUAGAAGCGUUUGAUCAGGCCAACUCCAUCAGCAGGCACGACUCCACCUUCCUUCAUAUGGGCAAGGUGUACCGCCUUCAGGACAAGCCGGCGGAAGCCCUAACAGUCUACGAGGAGGCCCUGGAGUUCUCCCCCGAGAGCCCUGAGCUCCUGACCACGGUGGGGUUGCUGCACUUGCAGCAGGGGGAGAACCAGAAGGCCUUCGAAUGCCUCGGAAACGCACUCACGCACGACCCGCGCAACCCCAAGGCCAUCCUCGCCGCAGGGUCGAUUAUCCAGGACAAUCAGGACAUGGACGUGGCGCUUGUCAAGUACAGGGUCUCGGCGGUGCAGUGCAAGUAUAUCGCGGCGGUAGCAUGUCUAAAGCGCGCUCUGUACCUGGACCCGUUCGAGUGGAUCGUGGCCUACAACCUGGGGCUGGUGCACCUCAGCACUUCGCAGUACGCCUCUGCCUUUCACCACUUCAGUGCGGCCAUCAACCUCAAGCCCGACUUCGCGGCGUCCUACAUGUACUUGGCGAUCACCCUGGCUAGGUUGGAGGACUUCGACAACGCCUGCAGUGCCUAUGACAAGGCUUUGGAGCUAGAUGGCGGCGGUGGCGACUACCUGACCCAUCUCAAUUACGCGGUGACCCUGCUCAAUAACGACGAGCCGGAGAGAGCUGCUGAGCACUAUGCCAGCUUUAAGAAGAUAUUUGAGGCUCUCGAUCCCGAUACGGAGAGGGACCAGGAGGUGUUAGCAAGAAGUCAAGCGCUGGCAAACUCCCUUGGAGCGUCCUCAUGA